CGUGACGCUGAAAUCUAAAAUCUGUAUAUGGUAUACAACUUAAAGUAUAUAUAUGCAAGCUCAGCUCUGGGAGAGCCACACAGCAAGUACUUUCCUCCCAACCAGACGGCUUCCUUAUCCCAUCAAGACGACCACAAAGAUCUCCUGAGACAUUCAGAAAGAAACUGCAAAGACUGACAAUUUCUUCUGCUGCAAUCAAACAGUUCAACAAUGGCCAUCACUGACAUCCUUUCUACUAAAGAUAUUGAAUCUGCUCUCUCCAGCUGCCAGGCUGCGGAUUCCUUCAAUUACAAGUCGUUCUUCUCCACGGUUGGUUUAUCCAGCAAAACCCCUGAUCAGAUAAAGAAGGUUUUUGGAAUCCUCGAUCAAGACAAGAGUGGUUUCAUCGAGGAAGAAGAGCUUCAGCUGUUUCUGAAGAAUUUCUCUUCAAGUGCCAGAGUCCUCACUGCUGCAGAGACCAAGGCUUUUCUGGCUGCAGGUGACACUGAUGGCGAUGGCAAAAUUGGAGUAGAAGAAUUCCAAUCUCUGGUGCAGGCAUAAGCAGCAUUAGACCAAAGGCAGCCUUGGACUGACUCUUCCAAUUACCUCGUCCAACAAGCACUUCGCACUCAGCAUGUGUUUGUAUGUUUUUAUAUUGUUUCAGGCAUUAGCAAUUCCCCAUACACCAAAUUCACACACAGGAUUGCUGAGAAAUCUUGCAACUUACAGAUGUUUUGGUGACACAGCAUUGUUACGUUUCCAUUGUAAAGAAGGCACUUUGUCAUUUUCAACUACUCCUAGUGUUGAAAUCAUGGCUGGAAGAUGGGACAAAAAGAAACAUUUAAAAAAUCUGGGGAAAAGCUUUUUUUUUUUUUAAUUUAUUUUGGUUUUGUUUAGGUUUUCCAUCUCUGUACUUUACCAUGCUGACUUGCCAGACACAGUUUUGAUGUUCUUAAACAAUAUGACAUCUUUUAAGGCUUAA